AUGAGUUAUGCAGAAAAACCCGAUGAAAUCACGAAAGAUGAGUGGAUGGAAAAACUCAAUAACUUGCACGUCCAGCGAGCAGACAUGAACCGCCUCAUCAUGAACUACCUGGUCACAGAGGGCUUUAAGGAAGCAGCAGAGAAGUUUCGAAUGGAAUCUGGGAUUGAACCUAGCGUGGAUCUGGAAACACUUGACGAGCGGAUCAAAAUCCGUGAGAUGAUCCUGAAAGGCCAGAUCCAGGAGGCUAUCGCGUUGAUCAACAGCCUCCAUCCGGAGCUCCUGGACACCAACCGGUAUCUCUACUUCCACCUGCAACAACAGCACCUCAUAGAGCUGAUCCGCCAGCGCGAGACGGAGGCGGCGCUGGAGUUCGCGCAGACCCAGCUGGCGGAGCAGGGCGAGGAGAGCAGGGAGUGCCUGACGGAGAUGGAGCGCACUCUGGCCCUGCUGGCCUUCGAUAACCCUGAGGAGUCUCCAUUCGGAGACCUGCUUCACAUGAUGCAGAGGCAGAAGGUGUGGAGUGAAGUUAACCAAGCUGUCCUAGAUUAUGAAAAUCGUGAGUCCACACCCAAGCUGGCAAAAUUAUUGAAACUACUCCUUUGGGCUCAGAAUGAGCUGGACCAGAAGAAAGUAAAAUACCCCAAAAUGACAGACCUCAGCAAAGGUGUGAUCGAGGAGCCCAAGUAG